UGUGUGUGUGUGUGUGUGUGUGUGUGUGUGUGUGUGUGUGUGUGUGUGUGUGUGUGUGUGUGUGUGUGUCAGGGUGUGUGAGGUGCGGUCAGUAGACGGUACCCCCAUCACGGCCUUCAUGGUCCAUGAGUGUGAGGGCUCGAGUCGUAUCGGCUCACGGCCACGACGAUACCUUUUCAGUGGCCAUAGCAAUGGCAGCAUCCAGAUGUGGGACCUGACCACCGCCAUGGAGAUCGCCAGCAAGGUUGACAUCAAAGCACUGGGUGGGCCCACGGAGGAGGAGCUUCUGGAGCUGCUGGACCAGUGUGACCUGGCUCUGACCCGAACCCCAGACUCCACACCCCGAGCAUCCACUUGCAGUCUGUCGCAGCUGAGUGACAGCUUCAGGGCGGAGCAUGUUUGCAGGACAGGAAGAGGAUCUGCAGGUUUGGGGUCGUCUGUUUUACUGGGCAGCAACCUCCCUCCACAGACUCCGCCUCCUGAGUCCCUCACUAAAGCCGGUAGCCCCUCCCCUGGCCUUGGCCCCUCCCCUGGGCUUGGCCCCCUCAGUCCCAGUGCUGCCAGUCAGGCUGCCAGUCCCCAACCUGCCAGAAACUGGACUCGAGACAAAGAGUGGGCGGGGUCAGUCCGCAGAGGAAGCUUUGUGGAGCGCUGUCAGGAACUUGCCAAAGGAUCAGAAUCGGCGGCAAGCCUGGGGUUGGAUGCUCUGAGGCGGAGUUUAGCAGUUUGCAGCGAAUUAGAAGCCAGGUUUGGCCUGAGGACGCCCACAGGUUUUUCUGUGCCUUCUAGUGGACGCUAUUCUGCAGGAACGCCUUCAUCCCUGGCAUCAUCAUCACCUCAUAGGGUCACAUCCCCAGAAAGCCCUGCCCCCACUGCGGUGAGUCCAACCUGUUUGCAGAAGGCUGCAUCACCUCGGCACAGCGCCGGACCAUCAGUUUCCUCCGAGAACCCAACCAGUCCAGACAGCCCUGCUGCUGGUCUACCGACCAAUCACACACCCCAGAUGAAUGAGACCAGCUUCUGAUUGGCUGUUGCCUUGGAGCAUUUUUUUCCAUUUGGCCUGUUGAUAAGGGACCAAAAAGUAAUUGGUUAUAUUCUUUGUUAAGUUGGUCGUCCAACCAGAAAGUUAUAGGAUAAAAUCCAAGUUCUGUUCCAACGUCAGACUGCCCUCAAGCAAGGCCCCGUGAGCAUCACCCAGUUCAAAACCACAUGGGGGUGGUGCUCAGGUGUCAUCAUGUUGUGAUGUGGCAAGUGCAACUGAGUACCCAAAAAGAAAAAAAGCAGAAGCAGUAGUAGUUCCUGUUGGUACUGGAUCUUGUGAGUGGUACUCAAGACAAGGGACAAAUGAUCCUCUGCUGUGGAGUCAAAGGUCACAGUCAGGCCAGGUCAGGGUCCUGGUACCACACGUCCACUACACCACAGAAUCAGCCUGGGUCCUGGAUGGCAACAACCCAGCCAGAUAUCUGUCUGACUAUCUGCUGGAAUCAGGUGAAGUGUGGGCGUGUCCUCAACCUUCUCCAGUCUCGAGAGUCCUGGGGCCUCAUGUACAAAGGCUGGGUGCGCACAAAAACCUGGCAUCCAUCCGUCUCCACACCAACAUUCAGAUGUACCUAAAGUGAAAUGGCCAUGGAAAUGUGCAGUGUGUCACGUACAAAUCCUGGCUGGCGUACACACGUUUCUGCAGCUAUUGUUCGUCUGCCAACACGUAGCGAUAAAGCUGGGAACCAUUAAUAGAGUGAAAACAUGAAGUCACCAGAGUGAUGUGCACAACAGAGACACACUGAUGAACAGUGAACACACCCACGUGUUUGCAGUUAUACAGUUGUAUGCAAAGGUUUG